GUCUCGUUAUGUCUCGUUAUGUCUCCGUUAAACCGACGCCGCUUCGCUUUCUCCCACCGAACAGUUCUGAAGUUCUCGUUAGCCACACGGAGCUAACAAGCUAACAGCGCAGCUUCGGUUUAUGGUGUGAUGAUAAAAUAAUAAUAUCAACGAGGAUGAGUUUAUUCGUAUUAAGUGACUAAUAACGUGGAUUUAAUCAGACCCGGUCUUUCUCCAUCAGCUCCGUGUCUGCGCGAAGUUCGUUCACCUGGUUCAAGAACAAGAACUUAGUUCACUCCAUCUGUAGCGAACCAGAGAACCAGAGCCACAAUCAGAACCAGAACCCGAGAACCAGAACUAGAGUCAGCUGGUUUUGUAAUAAUUUAAAUUUAACGGAACCAAACAACAACAGGACUGAAUGUUGACGUGGAUCCGUUUAAUCUGGUUCAUGUUCUGAACCCAAACAGGUUCGUGUCUUAGUAAUUAGCUUCAGUUAGUUAGCUUCUGUAAUGCUAACUACUGAUGCUAACAGACUGAUGUAUUGAUGUUGCUACAUGUUGAUGCUAAGAGUCACAUAGAGAUAUAAACACAGAGGUCUGGUUCCUCCCCUGGUUCUUGGUUCCUCCCCUGGUUCCUGGUUCCUCUCCAGGUUCCUGGUUCUUGGUUCCUCCCCUGGUUCUUGGUUCCUCCCCUGGUUCCUGGUCCCUCUCCAGGUUCCUGGUUCCUGGUGGGUCUGAUAGCAGCUGCUGUAAAGUAGAUAAGAUGAGUUCCUGCUGGGACUAAAGUCCGUCCCCUGGACUCUGGACUCAAAGAGCUGCUGAGGAUCUGUUCACACGGUCUUCUCUGGGUCUCUGAGGUCGUUCGGAUCCAUCUGCUGCAGCCAUGACUCCUCCCGCCGCCCGGCCUCCCUCGCUGAAGCUCCGCCUACUCCCCGCUGCCGUGCUGGUGGUGAUGAUGUCACUUCCUGUCUCUGCGGUGCACCCAGGCACGUGUUUCUCCAGACAGCACCAGAACGCUGUGGUCGACUACCAGAAGGUCCACGAACGUCCCACGGUGGUCGUGCUCGUCCCGGAUGAGACGUUAGGAGAGAAGGGCUGUGUCUCCGCCUGCUGCACUCAUGACCUCAGACCAGGUGUUAAGUGUAACAUGGCCGUGUUCAACAGCUCCAAAGUCUGCGUCCUACUGCACUGUCCAACGGAGCAGGACUGUCCUCUGAUGAGGAGCGAGGACGCCACCAACACCUAUGACAUCUACAAAGGUCAGUGUCCUCCACCCUGGAGACAGGUGCAGGACAUGAACAGUAGUUACAGGAAUGGACACAUAUUAGCAGCAGCAUUGGCAGCUUGUCUUUGUCUUGGUUUGUCUUGGUUUGUCUCCAGCUGUUAGCCGCGUUAGCCCAAGUGCUAGCAGAA